AUGGCGAGCAUUCAAAGAGAUCGCAAAAGAAGGGUUAGUGGAAAGUUUUGCGUCGCUGGUGGGCCGGGAAAUAUAAGUUGUAACAAUACUAGCUUGACAGAAGGUAUAUCCAUGCAUACUUUUCCAUCAGAUGACAUUUUAAAGCGAAAAUGGACUAAAUUUGUUCGGAGGCAUAGGCCAGGAUUUAAGCAAUCUCAAACGUCUGUGUUGUGUUCAGUUCAUUUUGAAAAACUUGUUUUACUCGUCGCUUGGAUCUCUUUGACCCAGAAAGUGUUUAUGUUGAAGUUUCAAAGGGCUGCAGACGACUGGUCAAAGGCCAAGAGUAACAAAAAUGAAGAUCCAGACUGGAAUUUUAAAGAGGAAUUUAUAGAGGGUCCUGAUGAUGAUGAUGAUGAAGAUAAUGAAGAUCCUUGUGUGGAAUCCAAAAAUACAGUAAAGGUAGAACCUGGCAUACCAGCUCAUGAAGAACCAAAAUUUUUUGUUUUUUAUACAAUGUUGUUAAAUCUGUUCACAAUGUUUUGCUUUCAAUGCAAAACCCAGAGUCCAAAUGUUACUAUGAAGAGACAUGGGACGAUGGUAACAGUUGUUCAAAGAUGCAGCAAAUGCCUGAAUAAACCAUUUAUCUGGCGAAGUCAGCCCUAUAUACUGGGACGAUAUCCAGCUGGGAACAUUUUACUAAGUUUCGCUGUGUUGAUGGCUGGAGCUUCAAUUAGCCGGGUUCUUCUGCUAUGCAAACACAUGAAGCUGUCAGUCAUAUCAAUCCGUACAUUCUUUCUCCAUCAAAAAAAGUUUGUCUUUCCAGCAAUAUUGAGAUACUGGGAAACAUACAGGGCCAACAUGAUUGAGCAAUUGAAGAGAUCUAAAGAUGUUGUAUGGAGCGGUGACGGAAGGUUCGAUUCCAUGGGCCAUAGUGCCAAAUAUGGGCUCUACACAAUGUUUUGUUGUACCACCUUAAAAAUUGUACACUUUGAGCUACUUCAGGCCAAUCAAGCAGGAAGUAGUCAAGCAAUGGAGUUACAAGGAGCAAAACAGUGCUUUGACUUCUUGUUAUUGGCAGGACUUGCAAUUUCUGUGUUCAUUUCGGACAGGCACCUUGGCAUUGCUAAAUGGAUCAGAGAGCACCAGCCCAAAACCAGUCAUUUUUAUGAUAUAUGGCACGUUGCCAAAUCUAUCACGAAAAAAAUGCUGAAGGCUGGCAAAAAGAAAGGUUAUAAAAGAAUAAAUGACUGGGUGAAAGGAGUCCGAAGACAUGUAUAUUGGUGUGCCACAAGCACAAAGCAAGGCUUUGAGCAACUUAUAUUGGCGAAGUGGAAGUCCUUUAUGAUGCAUGUUGCCAAUAGACAUACAGGACAUGCAGAUCCGUUAUUUCCAACUUGUGCUCAUGAUGAAAUUCAGCGUAGAAAAUGGAUAAAGAUAGGAACAAAGAGUCAUGAAAAACUGAAUUCAAUUCUUAUGAACACCAGGAUUCUGAAUGACAUUAAAAAACUAUCUCCUGAUGCACAGACUAGCUGUCUUGAGGGAUACCAUGCGACAUUGAACUACUGGCACCCCAAAAUGAUGUGCUUCUCUUGGCUUGGGACAUAUUGCAGUGCAAGUGGGUCACAAGACGAUGUACCAACUACCAGCAGCAGUUUUUCCAGAAACAGCGUAGGGAUUUUAAAAGAGCUAUGCCCUGACACAAGCAUUCGAGAUAUAAACAAUGCUCUCUCUGAUGCAAAUGGAAAUGUUGACGAGGCUGCUCAACAUCUUUUUAGGAAGGACAGGACAUAA